AACUCUUGAUGAGAGUCCAUCAUAAAAACUUGGUUCGCCUUGUUGGGUAUUGCAAUGAUGGUACAAACAUGGCCCUCAUUUAUGAAUAUAUGUCUAAUGGAAACCUGAGACAGAGGUUAUCAGAGAGAGAUACAGAUGUCUUGUAUUGGAAAGAGAAGCUUCAAAUUGCAGUUGAUGCAGCACAAGGACUGGAGUAUCUGCACAAUGGUUGCAAGCCACCAAUAAUCCACAGAGAUUUGAAGACUUCCAACAUAUUAUUAAAUGAAAAACUGCAAGCUAAGAUAGCUGAUUUUGGGCUGUCCAGAGACCUUGCAACUGAAAGUGGCCCUCAUGUAUCAACUGUCCCUGCAGGCACCCCAGGAUACCUGGAUCCUGAGUAUUACUCAUCUGGAAAUUUGAAUAAAAGAAGCGAUGUUUAUAGCUUUGGGAUUGUCUUGUUGGAGCUGAUAACCGGCCAGCCUGCAAUAAUAACCCCUGGGAACAUUCACAUAGUUCAAUGGAUUAGUCCUAUGAUUAAAAGAGGGGAUAUUCAGAACAUUGUUGAUCCAAGGUUGCAAGGAGAUUUCAACACCAAUUCUGCCUGGAAAGCUCUGGAGAUAGCCUUAGCAUGUGUACCAUCAACUGCAAUCCAAAGGCCAGACGUGAGCCAUGUACUGGCAGACUUAAAGGAUUGUUUGGAGAUAGAGGCGGGUGCCAUGAGAACUCAGAGGAUAGAUAGCUACAAAAUGGGAUCAAGCAACUCCCUAAAAAGCUGUGCAGUGGAUCUUGAAAAUGAAAUGGCUCCCCAUGUUAGAUAGUUAUGGAACACCAUUAGCUGCCAGUUCAAAUUUGCAGUUAUUAAUUAUCCCAUUUUCAUGUGACAAAUUUGCAUAAAGUUGGUCUGCUGUAUUAGGCAAUUCUCUCA